AUGAAUCCUGCAACUAAUUUUGCUUACACUCCCAUGAUUGAGCAGCAGUAUGAUCUCCUCUCAGACUAUGCCAAGAUGACUCCCCACAUGGUGGGAGAAUCCAACUACUUUUACAACCGGUAUAUUCAGGAGCCCUAUGUCCGAGAUAACAUGACCCUCGUGUACUCUCUUCUCAAGGCCAACACCGAAGAAUCCCUUGGGAAUAAAUGCCUUGAGACCUAUGAGACCUUUGAUCCUUACCAACAAGGUGGACCCCUGAUGUUGAUCCUCAUACUUCAUCGUAUCCAAGACUCCUCUGAGUCUGCCAUUCUUCGAGUGCUCGGUUCCCUCAAGAAGUUGAAGAUCCGAGAUCUAGAGGGAGAGAGUGUGGAAACCGCUGUAACUCUCAUCAAGACUGCCACUGAUCUGUUGACCAGCAAUGGCAGGGAAGGCAAGAGCUUUAUCCCUGAUGACUACACUGAGACUGUCUUGGACAUCUUCCAGUCCUCGAGUAACUCUCAGUUCAACAAGACCUUCAAGGACGUGAAGGAUGCAGCCCUCGCAGAAUCAGAUCGAACCUCUAAGCUUCCAGUUUACCCUUCCAUAUCUGAAUUGUGUGAUCAAGCUGCCAACAUGUACAACCGCCUGGCUCGCCAGCCAGAUGGUUGGGUCAAAUCUAGCAAGAAGAAAGCCAGUGGCUUCCAAGCUCAAGCAAACACCAACUCUCGAGGAGGUGGAGGCCCUCCUCUCAAAGGUUGGAACUGUGGUUCUCCUGACCACAUGAUUCCUAAGUGUCCCAAGCCCAAGGAUGAAUCCCUUAUUGCCAAAGCUCGCAAUGCCUUCUUGGAUGCUAAGAAGAAGUCGGGAAAUUCCUCCAAGGACAAGCACUCAAGGCUUACCAAGAUGUCAGAAGAUGUAAAGCCUCUCAUUCAGAAUAAGCAUGGCCAGUUCGUUCUCAACCAGAAGGUUUGGAAGGAGAUGCAAACGGACCGAGCCAUGAUGGGUGUGAUUUGUGACCACUAUCGCAAUAGUGCUGGUGGGUCGCAAACCCAUGAGGGAGCCUCCAGCUCUCCACCCACAGAUGAUACCUCCUCUGGCCACGCAGACCAGUCUGCUUCCGCUCAGACUGACCCUCUGCAAGCAGAACAGUCUCCAUCCAUGAUGCCGUGA